GAGGAAGCGCGGCCGCAGCGUCGCCGCCUGCCCCGGCCGGGCCGCGUCCCGGAGCCGUCGGGCAUGGAGCCGUGGAAGCAGUGCGCGCAGUGGCUCAUCCACUGCAAGGUGCUGCCCGCCAACCACCGCGUGACCUGGGACUCGGCGCAGGUGUUCGACCUGGCGCAGACCCUCCGCGACGGGGUCCUGCUGUGCCAGCUCCUCAACAACCUGCGGGCGCACGCCAUCAACCUGAAGGAGAUCAACCUGAGGCCGCAGAUGUCCCAGUUUCUCUGUUUGAAGAACAUAAGGACAUUCCUUACAGCCUGUUGCGAGACCUUUGGAAUGAGAAAGAGCGAACUCUUCGAAGCAUUUGACCUAUUUGAUGUUCGUGACUUUGGAAAGGUUAUAGAAACACUGUCACGACUUUCUCGCACACCGAUAGCUUUGGCCACAGGAAUCAGGCCCUUCCCCACAGAAGAGAGCGUUAGUGAUGAAGACAUCUACAAAGGCCUUCCUGAUUUAAUAGAUGAAACGCACGUGGAUGAUGAAGAAGGUCUCUACGACUGUGUUUAUGGGGAGGACGAAGGUGGAGAAGUCUACGAGGACUUAAUGAAAGCAGAGGAAGCACAUCAACCUAAAUGUCCAGAAAAUGACAUACGAAGUUGCUGCCUAGCAGAAAUUAAGCAGACAGAAGAAAAAUACACAGAAACAUUGGAGUCAAUAGAAAAAUAUUUCAUGGCACCACUGAAAAGAUUUCUGACAGCAGCAGAAUUUGAUUCAGUAUUCAUCAACAUUCCUGAACUUGUAAAAGUUCAUCGGAACCUAAUGCAAGAAAUUCAUGAUUCCAUUGUAAAUAAAAAUGACCAGAACUUGUAUCAAGUUUUCAUUAACUACAAGGAAAGGUUGGUUAUUUAUGGACAGUACUGUAGUGGAGUGGAGUCGGCCAUCUCUAGUUUAGAUAACAUUUCUAAGACAAAAGAAGAUGUAAAACUGAAAUUAGAGGAAUGUUCCAAAAGAGCAAAUAAUGGAAAAUUCACUCUUCGAGAUUUGCUUGUGGUUCCUAUGCAGCGUGUUUUAAAGUAUCACCUUCUCCUCCAGGAACUGGUCAAACAUACUACUGAUCCUAUGGAGAAGGCAAAUCUGAAACUGGCUCUUGAUGCAAUGAAGGACUUGGCACAAUAUGUGAAUGAAGUGAAAAGAGAUAAUGAGACUCUUCGUGAAAUUAAACAGUUUCAGCUAUCUAUAGAAAAUCUGAACCAACCAGUUUUGCUUUUUGGACGACCUCAGGGAGAUGGUGAAAUUCGAAUAACUACUCUAGACAAGCAUACGAAACAGGAAAGGCAUAUCUUCUUAUUUGAUUUGGCAGUGAUUGUAUGUAAAAGGAAAGGCGAUAACUAUGAAAUGAAGGAAAUAAUAGAUCUUCAGCAGUAUAAAAUAGCCAACAAUCCUACAACCGAUAAAGAAAAUAAAAAGUGGUCUUACGGCUUCUACCUCAUCCAUACCCAAGGACAGAAUGGGUUGGAAUUUUAUUGCAAAACAAAAGACUUAAAGAAAAAAUGGCUGGAACAGUUUGAAAUGGCUUUAUCAAACAUAAGGCCAGACUAUGCAGACUCCAAUUUCCAUGAGUUCAAGAUGCACACCUUCAAUCGGGUUACAUCCUGCAAAGUCUGCCAGAUGCUCUUGAGAGGAACAUUUUAUCAAGGCUAUUUAUGUUUUAAGUGUGGCGCGAGAGCACACAAAGAAUGUUUGGGAAGAGUAGACAAUUGUGGCAGAGUUAAUUCUGCUGAACAAGGGACGCUCAAACCACCGGAGAAACGGACCAAUGGACUCCGAAGAAACCCCAGACAGGUGGAUCCAGGUUUACCAAAGAUGCAGGUCAUUAAGAACUAUACGGGAGCACCGCCCCCAGGUCUUCACGAAGGACCCGCAUUGCAUAUCCAAGCAGGGGAUACAGUUGAACUUCUGAGAGGAGAUGCACACAGUCUGUUUUGGCAGGGUAGAAAUCUAGCAUCUGGAGAGGUUGGAUUUUUUCCAAGUGAUGCUGUCAAACCUUGCCCAUGUGUGCCCAAGCCAGUAGAUUAUUCUUGCCAACCCUGGUAUGCUGGAGCAAUGGAAAGAUUGCAGGCAGAGACUGAACUUAUUAAUAGGGUAAAUAGUACUUACCUUGUGAGGCACAGGACCAAAGAGUCAGGAGAAUAUGCAAUUAGCAUUAAGUACAAUAAUGAAGCAAAGCACAUCAAGAUUUUAACAAGAGAUGGCUUUUUUCACAUUGCAGAAAAUAGAAAAUUUAAAAGUUUAAUGGAACUUGUGGAGUACUACAAGCAUCAUUCUCUGAAAGAAGGUUUCAGAACCUUGGAUACGACCCUACAGUUUCCGUACAAGGAGCCCGAACAUUCAGCUGGGCAGAGGGGUAAUAGAGCAGGCAACAGCUUGCUAAGUCCGAAAGUGCUGGGCAUCGCCAUCGCUCGGUAUGACUUCUGUGCCAGAGACAUGCGAGAAUUGUCCUUGCUCAAGGGAGACGUGGUGAAGAUUUACACGAAGAUGAGUGCGAACGGCUGGUGGAGGGGAGAGGUCAAUGGCAGGGUGGGCUGGUUUCCGUCCACGUACGUGGAGGAGGACGAGUGACCGGCGCCCCAACCCUCGAGGCACCUGCGCCCCCCGCGCCCCCGGCCUCGGUGGGGUGUCUGCAGGCUCGUGGGCAGCGGGCGGCUUGCCUGCAGGUGGCCCGGUGCCCCGAAAGCGCCUCGACCUGACAGUCCUGCCGAGGCCGCACCCCGUGGAGCCUGCCUUGCUAAAUGCUGAACCCGGAUUUCCUUUCUUCUCAUGUGCCAUUCGCCAGAAUGUUCGAUGGUACAAAGAAGCAGAAAUUUAAUUUUGCUCUUCCCAGCAUGAGGAAAAAUUCGAGUUUGGCCAUGUGGGCGGCUUCCGGGAAGGGUCCAGCACUGCUUGUCCUCAGUGGCCUCACAGGGUGACUCACUGGCUGGCAGACGCGCCUGCCCGUAGAUGCUACUCACGAUAAACUAGAAGAGACAAAUGCUCAGGUUUGCUUCAUUAGGGAUCUAUCCCAGAGGGGUUUUAAUUAUUCAUUUGAUGUUCUGAUUAUAUUUGCAAACUUCUUUAUAAAAAAAAAGUACAUAAAAGCGAGUGUCUUCAUAUUAAAUUUUCACAGCCUUCCUGAUUUUGUAGAGGCCUUGUGGACAUGGGUACUUCGUGAAGGAAUCUGCGCUGGGUGUGUCCUGGGUCGUUCAGGGAACCUGGGUACCUGACAUUUUCACAGAAGCAGAUCAAGGGCUACGAUGGAUAGUCAUCUUAUAGAAGCGACAUCUCUAAACAUAGAGGCCUUCCCGCCCCCACCCCCACCCCCCAAAAAGCCCCGGUACAUAUUUGCCGAAUCUCACAUUUUCCUGGACUAUUUACAGUAGCACAGAUAACUCAGCUGAGGAUCUUGUAAGGGAAGCACGGCUGGGUCCUUUAUGCAUUUCUGGGACAGGAGGAUCCCUGACCUUUUCUGGUCACAUUCUCUGCGGCCUCCCAGCUUCUCACUAGGACCUUGCCAUCUGUAGGUGCUUUUGGGGUGCUUGCUAACUGGUAGGAAGAUAGGUUGUGGGGUGCAUUUAUUUGACCAAGCUUUCACUUCUCAUAUGAGAAGUUUUUUAAGUAUGUUUUUCCUGGGAUAUACAGAGUCCUCAGUCAAGACAGUCAAGUUAAGACACUAACUUGGCCCUUUCCUGAUGAAAUAUUUUCUCCAGAGCAGAAGUCUUGUUCUGACACGAUUCAGAGAGCGUUUUAUGUUUGAAGAUGACAAAACAAAAACAUUAGGAGCAUUAACUUAAUAGAGCCAAACUAGGAACAUUCGAUUCUGAAAUUUGAGAUCAUCUCUGAAGUGAGGCGGUGUGCCUGCCAUCUCCCCAACCCACUGUCAGGCCACAGUUGGAUGGUCAGUAGACACCUGCCUCUCUGGGGACCCUCGUGAGCUAGGACUUCUCAAAAGAUAGAUUCAGGACCUUUACCUCAGAAUUAUGUAAACUGUGAUUGUGUUUUAGAAAAAUUACUGUUUGCUAAAACCAGUUAAGUUUUUGUAUAUGUGUAAAUGAUCACAAAAAUGAAUUUUAUAAAAUGUUCUGUACAGUGAAGUUGUACCCUCGGGGUGUACUCUUGGAGUGGAUUCUUUCCUAUGAAGUCUUAUCUGCAGUCUGUGUCUCGGGAAUGUUGUGUCUGUUACCGCCAGCCAAGUGUCGUUACGGAGGAAGUCACGUCCCACAAAUCGGAACACUCCUGUGUACAAUACUGUAGCUUGUAUUGUUUCUUUUAUUGUUAUUUUAGCCAAUAGAGCCCCUCCCUUACAAAUGGUGUUUGGUCUUCUUGUUGCAUUUCAUGGACCUGAGGGUUCCCCAGCAGAGGACAUUAGAGCCCCUUUUCAUGACCUUACCGAUUACAUCUUUGUCUAUGUUUAAUACUUUGUAUUGGAAAUUUUAAAUGCGGAUUUGUGUAGAUUUCUAAUACCAAAGACAGAAGUAAAUGUUUUUUCCAUAUGCUUUGUCUUGCCUGUAUGCAGCCGUUGUGUAAUACGGUGAUUUAGUGUAUUUCACUUUGUAAUAUUUUGUAAAUAUGUCAAUACAAUAAAAUAGUUACUACUUGCAUUAAAUUGA